UCAGCCCUUGCGGAUUGCGCUACAACGGUCCGCACUGUAUUUUCUCCCACACAGCAAAGGUUGGAAUCAACCCUCGAGCUGUCGCGGUCACUUGCAACUGUUAUUGAGGGCGAUAAUAGCCUUGCGCGUCAUUUUGGCGUUCCUCUUGCUAGUGACUCUAUGGAUAGGAAGAUUGACUCAUUAUUUGACAAACUUCAACUUAUGAAAGACGAUGAAGGGAAGUGUACUAUUUGCUGGCUCGAUAUUGUCCUCGCACCUUCCUAUAAUCCAGCGCGACGAGAAGAUGGCUGUUAUUAUUUACAGCUUGAUGGACGCAGUGGGUUGAUUCGGGUGUCAGAAUCAGACCACAACUUUAUCGAGUCCGGCCUUCCUCAAAAACUCAUUGAUCCACGCUCAUACCCACGCGAUGUAAAGUCCGAGGAAGAGACGAUGAAGUUAGUCGGGGGGUUGUUAUUGAAUUUGAACAAAGUUGCCUCGCAGAGUAAGUAUCCU